CGUACAACUCUUCACGGGAGCAGCACAGGAGCCCCACGAAGAUAAAGGUGUCAAGACGCGGCCCAUGGAGAUCGAGAUGCUGGCUAGACGACACCAACAGGAGAUGGAUUGCCACUACCCCCAACUACGCCCUUCUGGUGGUGGAGGGGGCACAACCACAA